GUCAGAAACAAAAGGAAGAAAGGCUAUUUUACCAUGGCUUCCGAUUGAAGAAGGAACACACUGCUGCCGAUGAGAAAUCGACUUUGAAAACAGAGAACAAAAGUUCAAAGCCCGAAACAUCCACCACUGGGGGAUCACAACAAGCACAAGCAGGUACUGCCCCUGCCACCACUAUGCCUGGUCCUGGGUUUGCUCCACCAAAUCCGUUUGAUUUCUCAGCCAUGAGUGGCCUUCUUAAUGAUCCAAGUAUCAAGGAACUAGCUGAGCAGAUAGCCAAAGAUCCUUCAUUUAAUCAAAUGGCAGAGCAGCUCAUGAAAACGUUUCAAGGAGCACCAACUGAAGAGACCAUUCCACAGUUCGAUCCACAGCAGUACUAUUCAACUAUGCAACAGGUUAUGCAGAAUCCCCAGUUUAUGACCAUGGCUGAGCGUCUUGGUAAUGAAUUAAUGCAGGAUCCAGCUAUGUCUAGCAUGCUUGACAGUUUAGCUAAUCCUCAACAAAAGGACCAGAUCGAGGAAAGGAUGGCUCGUAUAAAAGAAGAUCCAUCCUUGAAGCCUAUUUUAGAAGAAAUACAGAGUGGUGGUCCUGCAGCAAUGCUGAGGUAUUGGAAUGAUAAAGAAGUCCUGCAGAAGUUGGGUGAAGCAAUGGGUCUUGCUGUUUCAGGAGAUGCAGCCACUUCUGCUGAUAACCCUGCGGCAGGUGAAGAGGACGAAGCAGGAAAUGAGGAUGAGUCAAUAGUACAUAAUUGUGCUAGUGUUGGUGAUGUUGAAGGUCUGAAAGCUGCACUAUCUUCGGGUGGAAAGGAUGAAGAAGAUUCAGAGGGAAGGACUGCAUUGCAUUUUGCUUGUGGUUAUGGCGAGGAGAAAUGUGCUCAAAUCCUGCUUGAAGCUGGGGCAAAAGUUGAUGCUUUGGACAAGAAUAAGAAUACUGCACUUCAUUAUGCGGCAGGUUAUGGAAGGAAAGAGUGUGUGGCCCUUCUACUGGAAAAUGGUGCUGCUGUAACUCUCCAAAACAUGGAUGGGAAGACUCCCAUUGACGUUGCGAAGCUCAACAAUCAGAACGAGGUAGUAAAAUUGCUGGAGAAGGACGCCUUCCUUUGAAGAUUGAAGUGGGGAAAGGCCAUGGGGGGCAAUGCCAAUGCCACCAAUGGUAUGUGUGUAUGUUUGGGUCGUAGGAUGUUUGUUAUAGGCAUUCGAUAUUACUUUGCUGUGACAAAUUCGGUUUUAAUCACGGCUCGAUGCCUUCUAUGCUGUUUUUGCUUCUGCCUACAUUCUGAUUAUUUAUUAAAAUGUAGUGUUUUUCUUUUU